AGUCAAGCUGCUCCAACUUAAGAUCGAUUUAUCAAUGAUCGAGCCGGAAUUUUGUUUGAGUCCCAUAGUUUGUGAGUAUUGAUGACCCGACCCUUAAUCGACCGCCGUUUCGGCAUUUCGUCGGACCACUUAUAAACCUUGAUUUCGUUAACACUGCCCAUCUUCACUCCUCCAGUCUCAGAAUAUCAGCAACGCCAUUUCCUUGCCCAAACAGAACCUCCAAAAAUGCAAGAUCAGGCAGAAACGGGAAGCAAAAAGGCAAAGAAAGCGAAUCUCUUAGAUCACCAAUCCAUCAAACACAGCCGCGACGAAUCCGCCUCUGAGAUUGUUAGGAGUCGUGGAUAUGUAGAAGAUGUGAGGAUGAGUAAUGUCAAAGUAUUCCUUGGAACGAUUAUAAUUGUAAUCGCUCUUUUUGGUCAAUUUUACAAAAAGAAGUUCCCCGAGAACCGCGAUUUCCUCAUCGGUUGCGUCGUUUUAUAUCCUUUUUCUCAGAGUUUCUUUAUAUUGUUCUAUGGACUACUCCAGCUGAUCAUCUACACAAAGGAAAAGAACGCAAUUCUAUUUACUUAUCCUCCUGCAGGUUCCAUCACUAGCACCGGUUUGGUGGUCUCUUCAAAGUUGCCAAGAUUCUCUGAUCUUUAUACACUUACUACAGCAAGUUCAGAUCCCAAGUCAAUAUCUGCCGGAAAACCAGUUGAGUUCACUAAAAGUGUUACCCAGUGGUUAGCUAAGGGUGGAGUAUUGAUGGAGGAUCAAUUCUGGAAGGAUGUUGAAACACUAGUAAAUGAUUACGCGGCGGAACCAAAGAAAAAGAAAUGACUAUGUAGUAAGGCUUACUUUGAUAGGUUACCGGUUAGACUCUGAAUUCUGGCCAUGUUGUGACUUUGAUUUAGAUUUUCACCAAAAUUAUUGUUCGUGUGGAAAAUUUUGAGGUAAAAAAAUCAACUUUGCCUGAAGAUUAGAAGACAAUUUACAUCGAUGGUC